CCAUAGCCAGCCCUGCACUCACAUUGCUUCUAUGCUACAGAGAGACGAUGUGUGUUGAGCUAGUUUAGACAAAGCAUUGGAUACAGUAGCGACAAUUAUCAGGCGCUAGCAGAUACAAAGCAUCCUUUCAAGCUACAAGGAACGUUUUAUUUUGGGUGCAUACAUAGUUAAUCUAAAACGUAGUUAGCCAUUUUGCUAAGCAGCUAAAUCGCCAUCGUAUUGAGGUUGCUUUGUAGACACACAGCAGGCUAGCCGCAGACACCAGCGCAGAGGAAAUGAAGGACAAACAAAAGAGAAAGAAGGAGCGGACCUGGGCUGAGGCGGCUCGCAUGGUUUUGGAGAACUUCUCUGAUGCACCCAUGACUCCCAAACAAAUCCUCCAUGUCAUCCAGACCAAGGGGCUGAAGGAAAUGCGGAGUGGUACAGCUCCUUUGGCCUGCCUGGUCACCAUGCUGCACUCCCAGGUGAGGGGAGACCGAGUCAAGAACAGCAUCUUCUUCAAGCUGCCUGGACGAAUGAGCCUGUUCACUCUCAAGAAGAAUGCCCUCCAGUGGACAAAGACAACAUCAGAGUCGGAGACGCCAACAGAGCCGGCUGGCAGUGCCGCUACCCCGGCUUCCAGCAGCAGCACCCCUGCAGUGGGCUCGGCUGUGGCUGCAGUCGGCCCCACUGAGGCCACUGAGCAGGAGAGCUGCGACUCCAUCGAGACCACCGCUGCUGCUAGUGGAGACAAUGACGCCUCGGUGGAUGAGAGCUCGUCCAGCGCCUCUUGCUCUACAGACCUGCAGGCUCCUAGUACCCAGCCUCAAACCCGCCUUAGCAGGGCAGCAGGACAGCAGGGACGCACAGACACACAGCAGACCCAACAUGCUCAACACGCCCAGACUAGACUGAGCCGCUCAAGACAGUCAGGGAGACAGAGGAAGAAAGCAGUCAUGAUGCCUCGUGUUGUCCUCACCCCUCUAAAAGUGAAUGGAGAGCACGUCCCGUCAGGACCCAUGAAAAGAAGUCGAGGAGGGGUGGAUGUAGACUUUGAAACACCAGGCUCCAUCCUGGUCAACACCAACAUCAGAGCCCUCAUCAAUGUGCGGACCUUCUCAGCCUUUCCCACACACUCUCAGCAACAGCUGCUGCAGCUGCUUCCAGAAGUGGACCGACAGAUUGGACCUGAUGGUAUGGCCAGACUAAGUAGUUCAGCUCUCAACAAUGAGUUCUUCACCCAUGCUUCUCAGAGCUGGAAAGAAAGGCUGGCCGAGGGCGAAUUCACCCACGAGAUGCAAGUGCGUUUCCGGCAGGAAAUGGAGAAAGAGAAGAAGGUAGAGGCUUGGAAGGAGAAGUUUUUUGAAGAGUACCAUGGGCAAAAGUCUGGCCUGACACAAGAGGAGUCCCUAAAGCUUACCAUGAGUGAAGCCAGUGAAGUUGCAGCCAGUGUGCUGGAUGGUGAUGUGGCUGUGGUUGCAACUGGUGCCCCCAAGAGACGCAGUGUGGGUCGGCGGAGGAGAGAUGGGAGGAUGAGGAGACGCACACGGGCUGACCUGCGACGCAGAGCCCGUCGGACCCUCUGCAAGGCCACUCCUCCAGCCAUACAGUCUGCAGAAGCAGCUGAGGCCAGCGCUGCUCUGGACAUCUCAGCAGUCUCUAUUGGCUCUCCUAUGUCUGACAACACAGUGGUUCAAGGCGAGGUUGUGCUGCAGGCUGAGUGUGGUGUGGAGCUCCUAGCUGAGAGUCCCUCCAUGGAGCCAAAGCCCUCUCCCACGCCAGAGCCAAUCACAUUGCCAGCCCCCACUUCUACUCCCACUCCCACUCCCACGCCUAGCCCCAGCCCCAGCCCUGCCUCCACCAGCGCAAACGAAGAGCCUGAAGUUACGGCCCGCCUGCUCCCAGAAGAGGCUGCGCCUGUACUGGCUUCCACCUCCUCCCCUUCGUCCUCUUCUUCCUCCUCUUCUUCAUCUGCCUCCUCACCUGCCUCCUCACCCUCCUCACCUUCUGAUAGACAGGGAGCUUUUGCUGCAGGCCUGGACUCUUCCUCAUCCUCCUCAGCGUCCUCCAGUGCCGCAGUUGCAGCCGAUCCCCUGGAUGACACAGCUUCCGUGGUCACUUCUAUCACAGGAGGUACAGCCACCAGCAGCCGUGAGAGCAGCCCCUCAGCCAGCCCAGCCACCACCCCUGUACCCAGCUCCCAGCUGAAGGAGCAGAAGAGAAGGCCUCAUGAGACUCAGGCCUUCUCCAGCUUCCCCGAAAAGAGGCCGCGGCUCGACGACCGUCAGUCCUUUCGUACCACAAUUGACAGUGUCCGUUCGGAGAAGCCGCAGCCGACAACAGAAGAGCCCAAGGUGCCGCCUAUCCGGAUUCAACUGUCCAGAAUCAAACCUCCCUGGGUCAAAGGGCACCCCACCUACCAGAUCUGCCCCCGGAUCGUGCCCCCCGGCGAAGGCUCACGGCGGUCGGGGACGGGGGGCGCGCGCACCCUGGCGGACAUCAAAGCCCGUGCCCAGCAAGCCCGGGCCCAACGCGAGGCCGCUGCUGCUGUUGCAGCCACUAGCAACGGGACAGGGCAGACAGGGGUCAGGCUGCGGCCUACUGCUGGGCUACCGGAUAGCAGCAGUGGACGACGAACGCGAGAGCAUCCGGGACCUAUCGAGCCCGGAGGAGGAGGAGGAGGAGGAGGGGGAGGAGGCGGGGGAGGAGGAGGAAGUGGAAGAAGGGGAGGUGGUGGGAUGGAGGAGCAGGGAUCAUCUUCAGGCAUUAAUUCAUCUGGAACACAACUACAGCUUCUCAGUGUAGAGCCCACUCCCCAGCCUUCCCCUUCACUGUCUACUGCUUCACCCUCCAUGUCUUUGGAGCCCCCACAGACCCCAAGCCCUCUUCUAGAGGAAGCAUCUGAGGGGCCAGAGACUGGAGAGGAAAUGCAAGCAACAUCAGCCAGUGUCCUCCAAUGUUCCUCCAAUGGGCUCACAGACAAGGCAGUUGACUUGCCCUCUCCAGAGCCCGACACUGCAUCUGAGUCUUCAGCUACCCAGUCGGCAAAGCAAAGCCAGGUUCCUGAGUCUGCCACUGUCUCCUCUGAGAGGGUAGACCAGGGUGAAAAACCCUCUUUGGCCCCAACGUCCAUCCCAGAUUCCCUUCCCAGGUUCGGGGCUCAGGGUGUGGACGUUAUUCAUACGCUGGCCAGCUCCUGUCAGCCCAAAGAACAGGUACAUGGGAAGGAGGCUGGACUGGGUGGUGUUAUCCAGCAUGGUUCCCACCAUGUGGACCACCAGGAGGUAUUCUCUCACUCAGUUACAGAGAGUCGACAAACAGAUGCACCCUCUUCCCAGCAUGUGGUUUCCUCUGGCGGUGAGAAAGAUGAUGAGGCUGGGACACAUAGCGACUCCACGGAAACCGCUUCUGACUGUGAGAAUGAGAGCCAGGAGGAUGAGCAGCACCCUGACCAGGACUGGUGCCCCCAGCUGAGCACCCAGAGAAAUGGACAGCUGGUCAUCUGCAGCCCUCCUCCUCAGAACCAGCAGCCAGUCAUCCAGGCCCACGUUUCCAGCCGCCAAGGUCACACUGUCAUUCAGCCUUGCUUCCCCAAUGCCCUGCCUCACCCGCAGCACAGUCACCCCCAUUCCCAGGACCACCAGUUGCUCCCCACAGUCCACCCACGGGCACUUAGGGAUACCAACGUUGUGGUCAAAAUGGAGCCUGGAGAUGAUUGUAGAAUCUCCAGACAGACCUCUGCUGAAGAGGAGUGUCAUGGAGGUUUAAAGCUCUCUGUCACUCACCUAACUGCUGCUGCUGCCUCCAAGAGGCUGGCCAGCUCAGCCAGACCAGUGUCCAGUGUGGAGGCCAACAACCCUUUGGUCACUCAGCUGCUGCAGGGCACCCUGCCCCUGGAGAAAGCUCUACCCUCACACACUGCCAACAGGCUGGAGAUCAGCCGAUUGCCAGGACCCCAACACAGACCACCAGUGGGAAGGACCCCAGGGCCACACAGCAGGCCUGAGGUCUCAGCCCAGACCCCUAGCCCAGAACUGACUGCAGCCAGCCGCCCCGUCUCCUGUCUAAUGGAGGCCUCAGCCGUAUUGCAGUAUCAGUCCCAGCAGGCCCCCGGGGCUGUCCCAGUCAUCACCUCUCUGCCACCCUCUUCAUCCUCCUCCAGUUCUUUGACCUGUAGAAGUAAGCCAGACCUUUGCUCUCAGACUGCUGUGGAGUCUGCAGUUAUCAAAGACUCUCAUGGUCCUCAGCCCUCACAAGGGGCCACGCCAGACAGGCCCCAGCCAUCCCACCGGACCAUGCCUAAUGGCCCUUCUCCUUCCCAUGCAGACCCUUGUCCCACAGAGGUGGUGCCUACUAUAAAGAUCAACUGGAGGCCCCCACAGUCUCAGCUCCCCCACCCUCACCAACAGCAGCUGUCACCUGCACCCACUGUGAAGAAUGAAGUUGGUGCACGCCCCUCUUGCCAGGCUCUACCCAAAUCCUCCCCCACUAAAUCCAUGAGUGCUACCAAAAAGGAACCUGGGAGCUCCGUGGACAGCUACCUGAGUGGAGGGGCGAUGGAGGGACUCCUCAACAUGGAGAUGACUUUAGCCAGGAUGGCAAAGAAGGACCAGAGCAAAGUGACCUACUCCUCUGGCUCCCCCUCCUCCUCUUCCCCAUCACCCUUCUCAUCUGCAUCCUCCCUUCCCUUCCAGCUGUCUGGCAUGCUCCCCAAGCAAUGUGGAGGUGUUGGAGGAGUAAGCUACACAGCCAAUGUGUCAGUGAUGGACAACGGUGGUUUCUCCCGUAGCAUGACAGACGGCGUUCUCCAGCUGCGCCCCCGCUUGGCCUCCACCCAAACCACCCUCAGCAUCCAAGCUUUUACUGACAGUACGGCUGAGGAGGUGGCGCUCAAGUGCUCAUGCCGCCUCAAAGCCAUGAUCAUGUGCCAAGGCUGCGGUGCCUUCUGCCAUGACGAUUGCAUUGGGCCCUCCAAACUGUGUGUGUCUUGUCUGGUGGUAAGAUAGUAUGUUGAAGUCCCUGUGCACUGUAGGACUGCUAUCUGUACAAUAUCAGCAGCGAGACUGGGGGGCUCCAGCCUGUACAGAAACCUGAUUAGGGUAGAACACACAGGAGGACCCGGACAGGCAAGAUUUGCCUUGUGUAAUAUAUUUGGUCUGUAUCUUUUGUUGCAGAUUUUCAAAUUGUUUUUAGCUGUUCUGAUAUAUUAUUAUUAUUGUUAUUAUUAUUAUUAUUGUUAUUAUUGUGAAUUUGGGGCAUGAUUGAUUGUAAAUUGUGCCUUUUUUUUGUUUUCUCUCCUCAAAAACAUUUACCUCAUCUUAUCUUGCUCCACCUGAUAUUCGGUGGCCAUCAUUGUUUCGGUCCCUUGUUUCCUCAGCAAACAGGGACUUGUUGUCUCUUUGCGCAAAGAAGUAUUUUUUUAACCAUUAAAAUGAGUAAAUGACA